AUGGCGCUACCAACCCCGGUCCAAGGCCAACGCGCCACAUGCGAAGCCCCCAACCCACAAACGGCCCUACAUAAUCCGGUCGACGCAUCGAAAAAACCCCAUGGCCAAGAGACAAACAAUAAGCCUGUAACGGAGGUCAGAACCCGCAAACCAACACUGCUGCCUCUUAAAGACUGGGACAUGAAUCUACCACCCCACCUUCGCGGCUGGUUUGAAAAAGAAGCCAAGCCUGCAUCACCACCCGUCAAACCCCAGUCGCCUCCAGUCUCGUCUCCUGCCUCGCCUCCGGUCUCGCCUCCGGACUUGCAGCAAACCCUGAUCGUCGACUUCGAUGUAGUGCUAGGUCCAUACGAGACGCUCACGCCUGCGCAGUACGCUGAGCGUAGGUCUAUGAGGUUGCCUCCAAAUAUGUCACCGCAAGAGGCUUGUCGUCGGAUCAUUGAAUUUCGAGGUCUAGAUUGA